AUGCCGACGCUGCAAGGAGGCAAAAGGAUCCCGCCACAGCCAUGGGCGCCAUCGGACGGCCACACGCUUCUCCCUACCUGCCUCUUCCAACUGCAGUGUCCCUCCAGCGCCCCCUAUGGAGAAAGGUGGGCAAAAACCAAGCAGAUGCAGGGACAACCAGACCAUACGUGGAAGGAGCGUCUGAGUCUGGCAAAGAGACGACGUGCACCCCUUUGUAGAAUUUCACCAAACCUGACCAAGAGAAAGCUCAACUUCAGAGCCUUUCUGCCUUCAUUGCCAGAGGUAGCUACACUUUGCCAGUCUCUCUCACCAAUUCAGUUCCUGGAACUCUGUGGUGGAGAAACUGUGCAGAAGGGCAUCAGUCUAUUUCCUGACCUGGGGGACGACCUCGGGGCGAACGACGAGCUGAUCCCCUUCCAGGACGAGGGGGGCGAGGAGCAGGAGCCGAGCAGCGACAGUGCCUCGGCGCAGCGGGACCUAGACGUGGUCAAGUCGUCCCUGGUCAACGAGUCGGAGAACCAGAGCAGCAGCUCGGACUCGGAGGUGGAGAGGCGCCCGCAGCCCGCCCGGGACACUUUCCAGAAGCCGUGGGACUAUUUCGCCCAAGUGAGAAGGCCCCAGGACGGCGCGUUCUUUAAAGGACCCCCCUACCCUGGGUACCCCUUCCUGAUGAUCCUGGACCUGAGUAGCCCGUACCUCUCCAACGGACCCCUGUCUCCCGGAGGAGCGCGCACCUGCCUGCAGAUGAAAUGGCCCCUCUUCGAUGUCCCCUCCAGUGCCACAGUCAAGGACACGAGGUGACCGUGUCCAGCACACUUGUCUAAUAAAGUUCCUGUCGUUCAGCACCCACAUCACAUGCCUCCGCUGACUCCCCUCAUUACCUACAGCACUUCUCCCCCCGGCUCCCCGCCCACUCACCUCUCCCCAGAGAUCGAUCCAAAGACAGGAAUCCCCCGGCCUCCUCACCCAUCCGAGCUGUCACCGUAUUACCCGCUGUCUCCUGGAGUUGUCGGACAAAUCCCCCACCCCCUCGGCUGGCUCGUCCCACAGCAAGGCCAGCCCAUGUACUCUCAUCCUCCCGGUGGCUUCUGGCACCCUUACCCCACCCUCGCCAUGAAUGCGUCGAUGUCCAGCCUGGUCUCCAGCUGGUUCUCACCUCACAUGGUGGCUCCUGCCCGCCCUGGCCUGCCCACCUCAGGGAUCCCCCACCCCGCCAUUGUCUCCCCCAUUGACAAGCAGGAACAGGCACCCCCCAGCCUGAGCCCUGCGGUGAGUGCAGAAUCACCAGUCACCAUGAAAAAGGAGGAGGAAAAGACCCACGUGAAGAAGCCUCUGAAUGCCUUCAUGUUGUAUAUGAAGGAGAUGAGGGCCAAGGUGGUGGCUGAGUGCACCCUGGAGGAAAGUGCAGCCAUUAACCAGAUCCUGGGAAGAAAGUGGCAGAACCUGUCUCAAGAACAUGCCAAGUACUAUGAGCUGGCACGGAAGGAGUGGCAGCUUCACUCGCAGCUCUACCCGACCCGGUCAGCCCGGGACAACCACGGUAAGAAAAAGAAGAGGAAGAGAGAAAAGCAGCUGUCCCAGACACAGUCACAGCAGCAAGUCCAGGAGGCAGAGGGUGCUCUGGCCUCCAAGAGCAAGAAGCCAUGUGUUCGGUUCUUGCCCCCUGAGAAGCCCUGUGACAGUCCUGCCUCCUCCCACGGCAGUGUGCUGGACUCUCCUGCCACCCCCUCUGGAGCUUUGGCCUCACCAGCUGCCCCUGCUGCCACCCAUUCGGAGCAAGCCCAGCCCCUCUCCCUCACCACCAAGCCAGAAACACCAGGCUCUGUCAGAGGGUGGAAGCCGCUGCUUAAGCUGCCAGUCCCAGCGCGCUGGCGGCUUCCCGGGGGCGCAGGCGGCCGGGCAGGGGGUGCCGCGCGCUCCCCUCGAGGUUCGCGGCGCGCAGUUUCGGGCGUCCUUCUGCAGCUGCGGCCGCCGCUCAGCCCUCUCCCUUCAAUUCUAUCAGCUUUUGCUUCCCGUGUUUUGAGGCGCGCUCAAGAAGAAACAUCAGAGAAACCCAAAUUGAGGGGCAUUCUACAAAACCGAUGGUUCUUUAAAAAGGUCAGUGUCACGAAAGACAAAGACAGAGUGAAGAACUGUUCGGAGUGGAGGAGACUGAGGAGUCAUGUGACUACCGUCAAGGCACAGGGUCCACUUCAGCAGCAGCCUCCAGAGUGCUGGAUGCUGCCCCCUCCACAGCAGCUGGAGCCCCCUCCACAGCAGCUGGAGCCCCCUGAGGGCUGGCUGCAGCAGUCAGAGCUCUGGGGUCUGUGGCGGUGGGACCUGGAGCGUCUGUGGUGGCUCAGGCAGCAGCCACCUCCCCCAGAACUGCAGCAGCCCCCAGAGCUGACACUGCAGCAGGAAGACACUGGAGGGCACUUAGGGAAACACUUUGGGGGGCACUUAGGAGCGGGGCACUUGGGAGGGCACUUAGGGGUGCUCUUGGGAGGGGGCUGGCACUGUCGCUGGCUCUGCUGGCAGGACAUCUCAGGGGCGGGUGUUCAGGAGCUAGGGGAGAGUCAGACAGUGAGUUAG